AUGAGUGUUUGGACUCCACCCACACUGGAGGAGCUGGCAAGGCAGGCGCUGCUGACAAAUGAGGCCUUGGCCAUCUCUGCUCUGCAGACCCUGCCCUGUAAGCUCUUCCCAGUACUGUUCAAGGACGCCUUCAAGGGCAGACACACUAGGAUUGUGAAGGCAAUGGUGGCAGCCUGGCCAUACUCCUGCCUCCCUGUGGGGACAUUGAUGAAGACCCCCAACUUGGAAACCUUCCAGGCUGUGCUAGAUGGAGUAGACCUGAUGCUGAAAAGAGAGUUGCACCCCAGGAGGGGGAAACUUCAGGUGCUCGACCUGAGGAAUGUUCAACAUGAAUUCUGGAACACAUGGACUAGAAGAGAGGAUGGGGACUGCUCAGCAGAGACUGUGGAUGAGAGGCCUGUAGUGAAGGUCCUUCCCAGAUAUGCACUGAGGCGGCGGCGUCUGAAGGUGGUAACUGACCUCUACCUCAGGCUCCCUCUGAAUGCAGAGCAAGCAUGCUUCUUGAAGUGGGUCCAGCAGAGAAAAGGCUUUCUACAGCUAUACUGUAUGAAGAUGGAGGUCUCCACUGUUCCAGUGCGCACUGUGAAAGACAUCUUGAAUGAUUUCCACCCAAGACACAUUGAGGAGCUGGAAUUGAACCUGGACUGGGAUGUGUCCACACUGGCACCAUUUGCUCCCUGCCUUGGACAGAUGAGAAGUCUUCGCAAACUCUCCCUGAAAAACACUGACCAGAGCACUUUCAGUGUUUACAGGACAACAGACAGAGAAGAGAAGUGUAUCAGCAAGGUCGUUGCCCAGUUCUCCAAACUCCACUGUCUGCAGCAUCUCUCCAUUAAUGACAUCUUUAUCAAAGACCACAUGAAACAAAUACUCAGGCGCCUGACAACCCCCUUGGAUACUCUCUCCAUCAAAAACUGUGAUCUGUCAAGGUCCGACUUGGAUUAUUUCCCCAGGAGCCACAGCCUGUGUCAGCUAAAACAUCUGGACUUGAGAGAAUCCUCGUUUUUGACUUCAUGUCUCAAGCCUCUUGGAGUGCUGCUAGAGAAUGUAGCAGAUACUCUGGAGUCUCUGGACUUGCAGGGUUGUGGUAUCAAGGACUCUCAGCUCACUGACCUCAUCCCUGCCCUCAGCAAGUGCUCCCAGCUCACCGAGGUUAACUUUUCAUACAAUGACUUCUCUAUGCCCAUCCUGGAGGACCUUUUGCGUCACACAGCCAACCUGACCAAGAUGAAUGUGGAGCAGUACCCUGCCCCUCUGCAAUGCUAUGAUGAUUUCGGUUACAUUGAGGAAGACAAAUAUGCCCAACUUUGUCUUGAGCUCAUGGAUACACUAAGAGCCUUAAGGCAGCCCAGGAGGAUCUUCUUCUCCACCAAUGCCUGCCAUGAAUGUGGUGAGGACUGUGAAUAUGGUGAGGACUGUGAAGAUAAUGAUUGCUGUGUCUUUCACCUGGAGCUUUGUACUUGCUGGAGGUAA